GCUCGCGUCGCGCGGAAAGACGGCGCGGCCACGUGACCCUUCGGCGCCGCCGUGACGUCAGUGAAGCUCGUGCCGUGGGCGCGUGCUGGGUCGGCGGCUUCGCCAUGUGCUCGGCGGUGUGGGGCUGCCGCGUCACGGCGGGGGGCGACGAGGAGUACGACAGCGACGAUGCGGACUGCUGGGAUAUCGGUGUGGCGUGCCGGGGGACGCAGCAGCUGGAUCAGGUGCCGCCGGCAGACAAGAAAGAUGCGUUUCAGAAAGCUCUGACAAGUGGUGAUGUGUUGCUUAUUGAAAAACUCUUAAACUCAGGGAUAAACAUAGAAGCUAGCAUUCAGUUUGGAUGGACUCCCCUGAUGCAUGCUGCCAGUGUGGCUGAUGAUGCAGUAGUACGUCUUCUUCUGGACAGAGGUGCUAAUGCGUGUUUUGAAAUAGAUAAGUACACGGUGCUGAUGGCAGCCUGUGCUGCUGAUGCUUCAGAGAAAAAGAUCUUGAAGACCGUAGAACUACUUCUGUCAAGGAAUGUUGACCCUAACCUUGCUUGCAGGAAACAAAUGACUCCACUGAUGUAUGCAGCUAGAAAAGGCUGUCCUCACGUUGUUAGUCUUCUUGUUGCUCAUGGAUCACACAUAAAUGCUCAAGAUGAAAAUGGAUAUUCAGCAUUAAUAUGGGCAGCACACCAUGGACAUAAAAAUGUAGUCUUUAUGUUGCUUGAGCUUGGAGCUGACAAAAAUCUACAGACUAAGGAUAAGAAAACAGCAGCAGAGAUAGCAAAAAUCAAUGAACAUUCAGAGAUUUAUAGUUUACUCUCUUUGACUGUAAAUCACUUGCAAGGGAAAUACUGUGGGACAGUGAAGCAAGAGACUAUGUACAAAUUUCUGACAGCUGCCUCUGACCACAGUGUUAGUUCCUGUUCAACUUUAGAUGCCAUGGAAGUGUUUUUACAUGGUAUUGGUCUAGAACACAUAAUAGGAUUAUUGAAGGACAAAGAUGUAUACUUAUGGCAGCUUCUGACCAUGCAAAAAGAAGAGAUGAUACAGAUAGGUAUUACAAAUCCUGUAGAUCAACAGAAACUCCUAGAUGCCGUUAAUGAGCUGCAAGUGGAAGAAACAAGAUUUAGAGACCUUUCUGAAUUAGCAAAUCUGGAAGUCAGUGGAGAUGAAUGCCUCAAGUUUCUUCAGAAGAUAAAUAAAGAGUGUAGCAACCUGACUGUUCCUGUGCAGACCAUAAAUAAACACUUCCUCGAAAAUUCUCACAAGAUGGUACUGCGGUGGGCACCAACCGAAAGAUAUAUUGAAGUUUGCAGAGACUUGAUUUGCAAUGUUGAAAAGUUGGGAGAAGAAGUUAAGAGGCUGAACGAACUUGUGGCAAAGGAAGAAGAGCAGAGGAGUGACCUCAGCCUAGUGGUGUUUCCAGAAACAUCACUCACCUUGGAAAAAAGAUUGGUAAAAAUGGGAGCAGUAACGUUGCUUGGGUUUGGCUUUUUCAUUAUUAUAACUAAGUUAGCGGUAAAGAAAAGCUGACUCUUUCAGUGCUGUGAAUAACUUGUGCUCAGUGUAUGUAGCAGAGCUGAAUUCACAUGAAAAUUUGUGUAGUUUCAUCAUAUCUGUCACAUCUAUAUUUGGUUCUUAUAUUGAUCUAGCUGUAAAAUGAUUAAACAAAAUCUGUUCGCGUUAAUGUACCUUAGUGCUUUAGAUUCAAAGUUAUGUCUGGUAUAGACUAUAGGUACAAAAUCUUAUCAGAGCUGUGGGGUUUUUUUGUUUUGUUUUGUUUUUUGCCCUAAAGUUAUAGUUAUUACUUAGUGAUCACAAGUUUUUGUUUUAACUGUGGUUAUAACAACUGUCACCUGUUCAGCUGUUGUUCACAUAGGUAAACGUAAGCAAGCAAUGCUGUUGUUUAUUUUGGAUGUUUGUAAAUAAAUUGGCAAUGCAGGCGUGCUUUGCUUUGUUUCGUUUUUUAAACAUUAAGAGUCAUGUGAUUUUUAUGUUGAAGAAGUUCUUUUCUCAGGCAUAGAUUCUUAUCAAAAACUUUAUGGUGAGGUAUAUUUGUCACAGCCACAGGACUGCAGAUACCUUGUCUGAAAGUCAUUUCCCACUGAGCUGUGCUACUCACAUUAUGCCUGAGAUAUAUUUCCUCAGGUCUGCUUGUAUCAGUUUUAUCACUACAAAAGAUUGAAAGGAUACUAACAGGAUUUAUAGCAAUUGUUUGCUAUAAGAAUGCAGGCAACUUAGAAGGAAUAUUAGUGUUUCAUGAUCUGGACUUUCACUACGGUAGCUUCAUGUUAAUUUUCCUCUUAAGGUUUUCAUCAGUUGGAGGUGUUUGUAAUUCUGCAGCAAAACUUUAAUAUCUGUUUUUACAGCCAGUUUCCACACUGAGUGUGUUGCAAAAAGAAAAGACAAAGGGAAUUGGUUUAAGUCAUCUACAAAAACCACAUUUUUGUAGACUUCAGUGAAUGUCUGUAAAAGUGCUGCAUGUUUGUGAUGGGAUGUUCUUCAGUCAAAACAGAAGCAGUCUGAAAAACCAUCAUUAGACUCAGUGGGUGUGCCUUGCUUUAGCAUGCUCUGCUCCCAGAGAUGUGUGCAGUCAUCAUCUUGAAUGCUCCCUCUGGAGAAUAGUAAUGAGAAGGUAAAAACCCAGUGCUGCUCCAGGCAGUUACUGCUGUCACAGUUGUUUCCUGCUUUUGAUUUGAGAAAACUACCUUGGGUGUUAGUAUGUUUCCUUGCUAUUGUAAUUGUGGUACAUGUCAGAAGCUCGUUCACAUUGUCUUUGCAAGGUGUAGGUUGUGCAAGUGGAAUUAUUUCAGCCACUCACAUGGUGUGUGUGGUACAGCCCUUGGAGAGGAUUCUGAUUCUUAGCUGUGGUGCUCCUCACUUCUCCACUUCAGUGAAGAUUUGCAAGUAGCUGCCACUCCAGAGAUGCAUUUCCUGCCUCUGGUACAUUUUGCCAUCGGAGACAGUAAUGAAAAUGAUUUUUUUUUCAUGCAAGUCUGAAAAAAUUAUCCACUUGUAUGCAGGCCUUUGAAGCUGACCUUGCAGGAAGCUGCUCCAGAAAAGAGAUUUAUCAGCAUUUAACUGAAUUAUAAUAAUGUGAAUGGUGUUGUCAGUGUAAAUUUACCUGUGCUGGGGCUAGGGAGGGAGAGAAUAAUGCAUAAUAUUCAUUGAUAAAUGUUUUCUAGUUUGAGAGUUACAA